UUUCUUUGAUCUCGAUUGUGACCCCCGGUCAUUUCUAGCCUGUACGUUUCCCCCUGCCUAAUGUUAUAAUUCUGCAUUCUGCUUCAUUUAAUGCAAAAAUAAACUGCGGAUGCCUUUCCACCACCAACAUUGCUCUGUUCUCCUGGUGCUUCUCUAUCAAAGGAGAGGAGAGCCGGCACAGGGGAUACAAACAACAGAUGAUUCUGCUCUGCAGGCAACUUUAACCUCUGCAUUAACUAUUCAUGGCCGGGCUGAGUCCAGUGAGCAAGUCGUAUGCCUGUUUGUCGGCCCCUCCUCAUUUUAGGCUGAUGUUCUCUUGCUUCAGGCUGAGGGGCAGAUGCCUGUAGAGCUCACAUGUGUGCAGCUAAAAGGGUGGAAGAAUCAGGAGAGAGAGAGUAGCAUCACUUACUACAUCCACUGGCUGAGACAGUAGAAGCGAGAGAGAGAUGGAGGGAUGAGCAGAGGAGACAGGGAGUAGGGCAGGUGACCUCUCGGAAUAUGGUCGGUUUGGAGAAGACCUCUAGAACCUUCUCUUCCUUGGAUUCCACAAUGUUUUGGGGGUUCUGCGGGAUGUUGGUAUGUCUCGUCCUCAUACCAGGGGAGGUGAACUCCUGCCCCGACACCUGCCGAUGUUACGGGACCUUGGUCCAGUGCCUGGAACCCAACACCAUUUCCAGCAUCUCCAUCCUUGGGGAGAUGGAGAACAUCACAGAGAUAGUCAUAGAAAACCAGAAGGACUUGUUGAGCCUAACUAGGGAUGACGUGAAGAACUUCCGAGAGCUGAAAAAUCUGACAAUUUCAUCCACUGGGCUGGAGCAUAUCUCUGAAGAUGCCUUUGAAAUGAACCCUCGCAUGACUCACAUAAACCUGUCUUCCAAUUCUCUGGUCUCUAUCUCCUGGAGGACAUUUCUGAACCUGCCUCUUCAAGAGCUGAUCCUCACUGGGAAUCCAUUCCGCUGCUCCUGUGAAAUCCGUUGGAUACAGCUUAAGAGGGAGAUGGACUGGGCUGAUCUUGGAAACCAGUCUCUAAGCUGCUGGGCAAACCAUUCUGAGAUUAUGUUUGAAGACAUGAUAAUCUCCAACUGUGAACUUCCCCAGGUCAGCAUUGUUAAACAAAACCUGACUGUACUGGAGGGGGCAAACCUGACCUUGGUGUGUAACGUGGAUGGUCAGCCGUCACCAACGACCACGUGGAUCGUGCCUGAAACCACCUCGUGUACUGAAUAUGUGCAAUGGAAUGUUUCGGAAGCAGAGAUCUUCUUGAAUCUAUUCAGCAUCUCGCCCGGAUUUAACAAGCGCAAUAUAACUUGUAGAGCCGAAAAUAUGGUUGGACCCAGCGAAGAACAUGUUCAGAUCAAUGUGUUGUUCCCUGCAGUGGUAGUUGCAUUGGAAGAGGCCAUUCCCCAGCACCAUUUCUGCUUCCCCUACACCGUGGAUGGCAACCCAAAGCCAGAGAUCCGCUGGCAAUUCAAUGGGAACAACCUGGAGAUGAACAAUUACAUCUUCUCAAAGACCGUGGAAGAGAGUGAGAAUUCCACAGCCAUUCACGGCUGCCUCUACCUUAAUAAGCCAACUCAUGUCAACAAUGGUAACUACACCAUCCUGGUUUGGAACAUGCUGGGCUCUGCCUUUGAAACAGUCUACAGUAAAUUUAUGGAUAAUCCCUUCAGCUUUAACCCAGAGGAGCCCAUACCAGUGUCCUUGUCUCCGGAGGGAGGAGGCAAUAGCACCUAUGUAAACACAGUAGAAACAGUGGAGGAACACACCUUUGGGGUCUCGGUGGCUGUGGGACUGGCCGUAUUUGCCUGCUUAUUCCUCCUCCUCAUGCUGCUUGUGCUGAAUAAAUGCGGAAGACAUUCUAAGUUCGGCAUUAACAGAGCAGCUGUUUUGGCACAAGAGGAUGACCUGGCAAUGUCCCUUCAUUUCAUGAACUUUGGGACCAGUCCCCUUACCUCUGCUGAGGGAAAACUUGACGGGAUAAAACCAAACUUCAUUGAGAAUCCGCAGUAUUUCUGUGACGCCUGUGUGCAACACAUCAAGCGGAGAGACAUUGUCCUCAAGUGGGAACUCGGAGAAGGGGCUUUUGGGAAAGUGUUUUUAGCAGAGUUUUACAACUUGACCCCAGAGAACGAGAAGACAUUAGUGGCUGUGAAGGCACUGAAGGAAGCCACAGAAAAUGCCCGGCAAGACUUCCAGCGGGAAGCUGAACUCCUCACUGUCCUACAACAUGAACAUAUUGUCAAAUUCUACGGGGUCUGUACUGAUGGGGAACCUCUUAUUAUGGUCUUUGAGUACAUGAAGCAUGGAGACCUCAACCGCUUCCUCAGAUCCCAUGGGCCUGAUGCCAAAAUCCUGGAUAAUGGCAAUGGCCAACCAUAUGGACAACUUAACCUGACGCAGAUGCUCCAGAUCGCCAGCCAGAUUGCUUCAGGAAUGGUCUACUUAGCUUCACUCCACUUUGUUCACCGGGAUCUCGCUACAAGGAACUGCCUGGUUGGCAAUAACCUGGUGGUCAAGAUCGGUGACUUCGGCAUGUCAAGAGACAUCUACAGCACAGAUUACUACAGGGUUGGGGGACGCACCAUGCUGCCCAUUCGCUGGAUGCCACCCGAGAGUAUUCUGUAUAGGAAAUUCACCACGGAAAGUGAUAUCUGGAGCUUUGGGGUGGUGCUUUGGGAAAUAUUCACCUAUGGGAAGCAGCCUUGGUACCAGCUGUCUAAUACAGAGGCCAUUGAAUGCAUCACCCAAGGAAGGCAACUAGAAAGACCUAGGACCUGCCCUACAGAAGUCUACAAUAUCAUGCAAGGGUGUUGGCAGAGGGAACCACAGCAGAGGCUGAAUAUUAAAGAGAUCCACAACAAGCUUCAAGCCCUUGUGAAAGCCCCACCAGUAUACUUAGACAUCUUGGAGUAAACUGACAAAAGAGAGGUCUUCUGCUGAGUUCAACUUUCAGAAAGGGACUUAGUUCUUUCAAAGAAAAUAAAAAAAGACUCCUCAGUCCCAUCUGUACGUAUACACUACCUGGCUUCAUCAGUAUUUAGGAUGCCUACGCUUCAGACGGAAUAUACUGUAUGUCUGAACUUAAUAUCUCCAUAAAUCACCAUGAAAUGUGACAAGAAGUAUCUGAGAAUUUUUGAGGAUGAAUAACAGAGUUCAAUAAAGAAGAUAAGAAGAAAACGGUCCCCUUCAUUUGGAAUCAAUGCUUAAAGACUUCUUCCAGCAGUUUCAUGUCCACAGAAACAGUAUGGGAAAAGGGCAAUGACUGGAGUGAAGACAUAUAUGCUGGCACAGAAUUUAAAGCAUGACUGUAGAAACUGAAGUGGCCAAGAAUUUCCACUCAAAUAUUGACUUUCACCAAUAUGCCUUCUCCUUCCUACCAUGGAAACCAUGUCUUUUCCUUCCGAUGUGGCUGAGAUACAUAAAGAGCCCAUCAACUCAUGUAAAUGGUAUAUUCCUGUGACCAACAAAAAAACAUUACUGUUGGCAAAUGCCUCUCUUAAUUAUUCUCAAAGUAACAGAUCUACGUCUACACUUGGCUUAAGCUAGUCCUGACAGAAGGAACUGACUGAAGGUUCCAAAGGAAUGGUCUGGCUUCUACUGGAACUUUCGCAGAGCAGCGUUUGUCAGAAUUGUAAAACUAAACACAGCAUGUUAUCUAAUAAGAAUACCAGACCUCUAAUCGGAUGCCACUCAUCCCUUAUGGCUUUUUUUUAUUUAUUUAUCGCACUUAUCCCCUCAGUCUGGUUCUACAGAACCGUAUAAGUUUGUUAUGAAUUCAUUCUCCGUAUGAAAAUGCAUUGUUUAUGUCUGUAGUUCUCAGACACUCUAUGUAUAUGCUGUACUAUAGGGCGAAUGUGGCUUUAUUUAUAAGUGACCAAGUCUUGUGUGAGAAGUUAGGCCUUUCCAUAUAAGAAAGAAAUCAACUAUGAGAUGGUAGGCAGAACUUGGGGAGGGUUUGGGUCUAUUUAAUGAAAAAAAAAACAGGGAAUCUUGAUGACAUAGUGUGUUCUUGAGGCAUAAAUAUUAAUAGCAACAAGUGCAAAGGAAAACAUGGUAUUAGCAUCUACAAACAGUUGGUAUCUAAAAGUGUUACUCUUCUGUUCUAAUUUAGGCUUCUCCUGAGAAGUUGCUGUUGUUCUUAUCUUGAACUCAAGACUAGAGCUGUAAGGUAGUUCAUACCCAAAAUGAAUAAGAUAUUAUAUAGCUAGUCAUACCAACUGAGAGCACUGGUAGACAGUGUUGCUCCACUUUUUAGACCAAGGCCAUUGUUUAGAGUCUAGCUUUUCAGUGCUAAAUAUGUUUGAAAAUUAUUAAAGGUUGAGACGUGGGGUGAAUGCGUAGUGCCAGGAUAUGGUAGCAGGUUGACAGUGUUUUUAUAUAUGGUAUUUGUAACCUUGUUAUGAACUAGGUGAAGGCCUGAGCAAAUAUUAGUGAGUAGACAUGGAGAAGGUAUGAAUUACACACUACUGAAGCUUAAUAAUAGUAUGUUUAAUCUACAGCAAUGCUAGAACAGUCCUAAUGAAGCAUGCAUAACACCAGUGUUUCUUUCCCCCCCCCCCGCUAUGUCGUUUAGACUUACUGUAUUUUUGGUUUCACUAAGCUCUUUCCACAUACAAAGCAGUUGUGUUAAUAUCCUCUUACCCUGCUGGCUCCAUACACUUGUGGUUUUUAAAAGCAGCAACCACUUUGUUAUUGGAUUGAAUGCAAGUGGAGCUUAACCGUGCUGUAAAUGGCAUAGCAACGAGGCUUAUAUGGAUAAGGCGACAUUAAUUACUAAACACUUUCUGCCCACCGCAUCUGGAACCAUUCGGGUUCUGGUGGAUUUACUGUUGAAUCUGUCUAGCUUUACACACUAUCCAUUUUCUUCUCGUCCACUUAAAAUAGAUAUAAUGAGAUUUUAAAAUAUAUUUGACGUUAUCAAUAGCCAGUUUGUGACCUCAAAAAGAAUAAAUAUUGAGCAGCAGAGAGCCAUAGACAAUAAGUGCAAAUGGAACAUGACCAAAGUCUCUGUUGCUUUCUACAUGUCACUGUCCAUAUAAUGGAGCUCUGAUCGAGACCUGGGAUCAGAAAUUGCACAAAACAUUCAAGAUUUUGUAUCAAGACCCUUACAUAUGAAAUUUUCUUCAAACUCUUCUCUGCCAUUUACUAUCCCCCUUUAUUCCCUUUUUACAUCAUACAGGAGUGCAUAAUGGGCUUGUUAUUAUCAAGCCAAAUAGUUAGGUGGACAGGAGAGCCUGGACAUUCUCCUCGUACCCUGGUGAAUCAGUCUGACCCUGGCCUAUCCAUGAUUAAAAAUGCUAAGAAAAGACACUGGUGCCAAAAUAUAAGCUACUGUAGUUACUUUUUUAUAUAUUAGUGCAGGGUCGGACUGGGCUGGUUGGAAACC